AUGCGGUCCGUAAAGACCAAGUCGAUGCCCUUCAUCGAGGCACUGGCCUUCGCCACAGCGAACGAUGAUGUCCGCAAGGCUCUUGUUGCACAGGCUAGGUCCCAGUAUACGGGGGUGAGUCGGAAGAAGGGCGGGAACAAGUCAAAUAAGAAGAAAUCGGAAAGGAAGAAGCCAGUCGAGACCGGUGCAGACGCGAACAAUGUAAACGACAGUGCUCCACAAAAGCCUAUUUCGAACGAGGAUGCGUUCUACGAUAUCCCUUCGCCUCAGCCUAUUCAAUCGGUGAACGGGCUGUAUGAGAAUGGGUUCUUUACGCCCAGCCUAGACGAGAAGAGUUCAGUUGAACAGCCUUCAUUUAGGCAGAAGCCACAUGAGCUCCCCUUGUACGAGCCUAGUCUAUUGAGUUCAGUUGAUCUGAGUUUAAUCAAGCCAAGCUUAGUCCAGAUCACUCCGGACUGUACGGAGAAGAGUAGCAUAAAGGGGUCCCCCAAGCCACCCCCGAAGAUUCCACUUCCGGAGAAGCCAUACCAGACUUCGAAACCAGAGUCAGAGCCACAACCACUGUCGGAGAAUGGAGUUUGGGAAAGUCGAUACCAUUACCUGAACGAUAAGCUGGAGCCACAACCAUCAUCAGACAAGGAAGUUUGGGAUAAUCUGUAUCAGACUCUGAGGCAACAGCCAGAGGCGCAACCAUUACUAGCUGAGGAAGUUUCGGAAAGGCGAUACCAUUACCUGAACGAAGAACUGCAGCCACGGCCCGCAUCAGAGAAGGAGGUUUGGGAAGAUCCGCACCAUUACCUGAACGAACAGCUCGAGCCGAAGCCAUCAUCAGAGAAGGAAGUUUGGGAGAAUCCACACCAUACCCCGAACCAAGAGCCAGAGACAACGAUGUAUCGAGGCGCUCGAUGUAGCACUGAGUCUGAUGGCGCCAUGUCGUUUUGGCCUCAUAUCUGUUCUCGUCUGUCGUUGAACCGGUCGACGAUUCCUCCCAUGUCACCUCUGUCGCUUCCACCAUCGGCCUUCUCUGAGAGAUCAGAACACAGCCAGAUCCACGCGUCGCCGUCCUGGGGUCUCCGUCUCAAGAAUCAUCUCAAACCGCCCAGGAGCCAUGUUCCUCCAUCUUCCAACGCUGGAGACAGACAAGCUCUGCACAGCGAGAGCACAGUCAUCCCGGCCCUGCACUUUGAUGAUGACUAUCGACACCUUAGCCGGAGCGAAUGCUCCUUCGACCCUGCCACCGACCCCCUCUUCGCACACAUCCCGCGCAUGCCUGGCCAACACUUCCCCGGCGAGAUCGUGGUGCACAGCGCUGCAAAUGGCUUCCGCCCGCGCAUUGAAGUCUUCCCAUCGGCCGAGCCGCCGACGCCGCAGCUGAAACCCAUCUCCAUCGUCAAACAAAAUCCCCCAUUGUCUCUGCAGUCCGCCGGCCGGACACCGCAUGAGUGUAGCAAGGCCAACGUCUCGGCGUGGCGCGGGGAGGCCCUCGGCGAGGAGCGGCUGAGCCGCAGAACUGUGUCGACGGAGUGGCCCGGACUGAACAGAGUGGCGGAGACUGAUGAGAGUGAUGACGAAGAAGAGGAAGAAGGCGAGGAAGAUGAAGAAGAUGAAGAUGGUAUCGAGGUGGCGACAGUUGGGCCCGAGGACAGCGCGAGUUGCGCAGGGCGGAAGAAUCGGGAGCGACGCCUUCGUGAGGUGGCCGGGAUGCCUCCAGUGCCGCCCAGGACGCGAGAUUGGGUAUUGGAUAAUGAUUAUCCGGUCAUGUUCUAA